CUCAACAAAAACGAAACAGGGCUCAUCUACCUCACUGGAAGCGAUACAUUUUACGUCUUUGUUUUAUGGAUAUAAAUUAAGUUAAAUCAUAAUACUGUUUUGUUUGUGAAUAUAAUUUUUUUCACACUAAGUUGUCGUCAUGUAGAACCUUUUAAUUUGAUGUGCUUUUAACAAUAUUUACAACAUUUUUUGACUAAGAACAAGUUUCUGUUGACACAGACAUUUGUGUUUUCCUGCUUUAUGACAACGAUGUCAUAAAGCACACUUUUCUAAUUUGUCCAAAUGUACAGUGUUUUCAUCCUGAUGUUGUUAUUGUUUUUCUGGUGUUGCGCUACAUUUGGAAAACACAUUGGGACUGGGAGGCUAAAUGUAACGUUUUAAAACUUUACCUGCUAUCACUGCCAAAGAUGACGGACCUCACUGAAGUCACCGUGGAAACGGAACCAUCUGACAUGUACGAGACAGUAUUCUGCAAUCCUGCGUUUGAACCGGAGAACGAUCGGGAAUGUGAAGAGGUCAGGGAAGUGGUCAAAACCCUCAACACAACUGAGCCAAAGCAGAGACGUGCCACCAGUGAGUUCAUCGACCCCAGGAAUCCUACCAGUGCGUCUAGUUGGUCUCUAUUGCGUCGCAGUGUACUCAGCAUGUGUGUGGUGCGUCUUGGGGGGCCCUGGUGCGGUUGGGGGGCCAUAGUGGUUUUGGUGUCUGUGCUGCUGCUGGUGGCAGCCCUGGGCUUGGCUCUGGGGCUUAUCUUCACGCAAUUAAAUGAACAACAAACUCAGGAAAGGGGGCUUGUGACCCCCAUAGAUUCAUGGAGUUUGCCUGCUGGAUUAUCCCCACAUCCCACGAACACCAGUCCCUCCUACAGCACUGUAGCCUCUCAACCAACAGGGGGUGCCGACUCUACAAACAAGUGUGGGGGCGUCCUUGACCACUCUGACGGGAGCUUCAGUUCCCCGAACCACCCGGCCCAGUACCCGCCGGACUCCCUGUGCGUGUGGGUGAUCCGGGCGCGGCCCCCUGCCCUGGUCCAGCUGCGCGUGUCCUCCCUGGGCGUGGAGGGCCCCUCCCCUUGCCUCUUCGACUGGCUCGAGUUUCGGGAGGAGCACGAGGACACCACGUCCAUCACCAGAUUCUGUGGGAAUGUGGCGCCCCCUACAGUGAACACCAACAGCAGCACCGUGUGGGUGACGUUCCGCUCCGACAGCAGCAUCGGAGGCAGCGGCUUCUCGGCCCAGUACCAGGCCAUUCUGCCCCGGCAGAAGAGUUGUUCCCGAGAUGAGUUUCUGUGUGAUGACGGGAGGUGUCUGCUGCCCAUUUCUGUGUGCGACGGGCGCCCCAACUGCCAAGACCACAGUGACGAGGCCAACUGCAGCCACAAGCACAAAGAGUGUGGGGGACAGAAAUCUGGACUUGAGGGCUCUCUGUCCAGCCCAAACCACCCCAAGCCUUAUCCUCACCAACAGCUGUGCACGUGGCGAAUAUCAGUGGCUGAGGGUCACGUGGUGCGGCUGACCUUCCGGAACUUCAGCCUGGAGACGCAGGACGUGUGCGAGUUCGACUACGUGGAGGUGCACGACGGCGCAGACACGGGGGACGGGAGCGUCCUGGGCAGGUUCUGCGGUACCAGCCUGCCUGCUGAACUCACCUCUUCUGGGCCAGUCAUGACCGUGCUGUUUGUGGCAGAUGAGGGCGUGGCGGACACCGGCUUCUACGCCACCUACCGGGCCGUCUCCCUCUCUGAGAGAACGUGCAGCCCAGCGCAGUUCGCAUGCGGCAGCGGCGAGUGCCUGCACCAGGAGUGGCUGUGCGACGGAUGGAUUGACUGCACAGACGGCACAGACGAGCAAGGCUGCGAAAACACCACCUACCCCCCCUUCACCUCUGCCUGCGAGCCCAUCCAGGUGGAGAUGUGUCGGAGCCUCAGCUACAACCUCACCUCCUUCCCAAACAUCUGGCUGUCCAUCUCCGACCAGAGGGAGGCGGCUGAAGUGCUUCGCCAGUACAGGGUGCUGACGGAGCUGCCGUGUUUCCAGCCCCUGCGCAGGCUGGCGUGCGGCCUGCUCCUGCCCCAGUGCAGCCCGCACGGCGGGGUGCUGCAGCCCUGCAGGUCCGUCUGCCUGGCCGCCGAGCAGCAGUGCGGCCACGCCCUGGAGCUGCUCGGCCUCGCCUGGCCCUUCAACUGCCACCUCUCCCCCGACUCCCAGGACCCCGUCGAGUGCUCCCUCCCUUAG